UGUGUGUAUAUCUUGGAAUAAUCCACCUUGGAAUACAGUUUAAGAAAAUCUUAAAAGAAAAAAUGAGAUAUCAUGGAAUAGUAAGCACAUUUUUGUGUACUUGUCCUUGACCCCGGAGAUUAUAAAAUAAAUUUAUUCGACAACUACGUCACGUCUACACGUCUUCUUAGAUGAUAAAUGAUUUGUUCUUCUUUGAUAUCAUAUUUAUGCUUUAUCUGCUUGGUUGGAUUCAGAAAUUGUACCUGUCUUUCUACUAGCAGACAAUAACAGUCCAUUUCUGUAUAAGUGAAAAGUCUUAUACACGCUCAUAGAUUUUUAUUUAUUUAACAUAUAUUGUUACCUCGUCUAGUGUUUUGUUUAAGUAUAAUUGUUUAAAAUAUUUCAUUGAAAAUAAAUUUAAAAUAAUUUUCUUUUGGUGUUAGCAUUAACUACAUAUUGUUAUUGAUAGGUAACAAAUUAGUAAUUACGUCAAUGAUGACGGAAGUGUUUACACAUAAUUAUGGACAUUUUGAUUUACUGCCGAAUGAAAUGGUAAUAAAUAUAUUAAUCUCCAUCGACGUGAACACUCUUUUCGAUUGUAGACUUGUGUGCAAGAGAUGGCAGAAACUUAUAGACACUUAUGUAUUUCAAGAAAAAGCUUUUCGAGAAAAUAAGUUUGUGAAUAAUGGUCAAGGAUACUACAGUUUCUCACAAAUCAGUGCCAACGAUGUUAGAAGACUAGAUUUACCGUGGUACGUGUUCUAUAUUAUAUGCAAAUACGAUCCCUUCAAUCGAAAUUUAGUGAAAAAUCACUGUGGACAAUAUGGAUGGAAGUAUUGGGAAAGUAAUAAUGAUAGUUUUUCAAGCCAAAAUGAUCUUAAUUGUUUUUGGACGGUUGAACAAAUACCUCAAAGUGCACAUUUAAUGCUGGACGAUUCAAAUUUUGAUGGGCAUACAAGCUGUUUUUCAUCCUAUGAAAAACGUAGUCUUACAAAGGAUCAAGAAAUUGUAUUCAAAGAUCAUGGUUUGAAUGAUAAUAUAAUGAAGACUCUUCAACCUCAAAUUGCAGUUAGUGCAUGGUAUAGAUGUGCAAAUCAUGCGGCCGGCAAAUAUACGUUACGAGUAUAUCUUAAUAAUGCGUCCAAACAUCUUUUACAAGCACAUAUUAUUUCUAAAAAGAUGUCAGAAGACAGAAUCAGUCUAUGGAAUAAAGUUUCAUAUAUGUUUCAAACUGAGGGCAAUGAGUCUUACUUAACUAUAUCUCAUUACAUGGAAAACAGACCACAAUUCCCAUUGCUAUUAUAUGUUAUUGAUGGUUUUAAAGUAUCCGGCUCUGUAAUAAAAAUUUUGCUACCAUCAAAAUUUAAAUCUAAAUGAGAGAUUCAUAUUUGAUGAAACAUUACAAUAUUUAUAUUAACAGUAGGUACUCAAAAAUUAGAUAAACAUACCCAGAAAUAUAAUUUUG